AUGUUGGUUAGGCUCGACUCCAAGGAGUCGCCCAUCCUUUGCAUCAUGAAGUUGUUGGCCAGUUCGAGCAGAGUGAGCGUCAGCUGGCGCAUCCAGCCUUCGCGCUCCUCCAAUGCAGUGCGGUGCAGCUCAGCAUUCCCCGAAGGGUCCGACAAGCGGCUCUCCCAUAACCAGCUCGAAUUUCUUGGUGUUUUUGAGCGUCUGAUGCGUCAGUCGCAGAGCCUUGAAUGCGAUGGAAUCUUGGAACGCGCCCUCCUGAUCAUUGGCAAUGAAUCUUUUAAGGACCUCCCCGUGGAAUUCCAGGAGCCUCAUGAGGUGUGUCAACGACUUGUUGCCGAAGAUGACAAGGGACUCCCAGAAGAUAAGGAUGAGUUCCUCCCUGCUCCAGCGUUUCACUGUUGGAUCCGCAGUGACCUCGGCCUCGUCCGUCAUUUCCACAUCCGGUAUCUUGCUUUCCGCAAAGACGUUGGGAGGCAACUCCUUGAGUGGCUCCUUCCCGACAAGGUUGUUGAUGAAGCUCUCAAUGCGCCGGUUCCUGAGCUCGUUCUCCUCCGCAGUGAGCUUGUUAAAGUGAAGGAGGUUAAGGAACACUCUGUGCUCGAUGGGGGUGCCACUUGCACGGCUGCCCGGAUGCUAUCCUUCAAGCUCUCUGGUGCAUAG